UCAUAAUCGCUUCCUUAUUCUCACUUUACUAAAAAGUGCAACAUUUGAAGCAACAAUAGUUCCUUACAAUGGCAAACGUUGAGCCUUAUUCUCUCUCUUUUUGGGAAAUUUUGGCCACCUCGGUUGCAAAAAUGGGCCCAAUACCGGAACACAUCGCCAUCAUAAUGGAUGGAAAUCGUCGCUAUGCGAGGGCGAAAGGGUUGAAGACUGUGCUCGGGCAUGAAGCUGGGUCAAGUGUGACCACGCUUUUGGCCCAGUGGGUCGAAGCGAUCGGAUGUAAAGAACUCACCCUUUACGCCUUCUCCUCCGAAAACUUUAAGCGCACCGAGAAAGAAGUUGAAGACGUGAUGGAUGUCAUUUAUAGGAAGGUCGGAUUAAUGAUACGGGCCGUUGAUACCGGGAAAAAUACAUCAAUGUGUUUCCAAGUGAUUGGAAAUUGGGACAGUAUUCCGCUAAAGUUGAAAUUUCGCUUGGCAAAUUUGAUGCAGAAAACGAAGAAUUUUAAACCAUACAAACUCAAUGUCGCUGUCGGGUAUACAGGUCGGGAAGGUAUCCUACGGAGCUUGAAAGAAUUUGAAGGCCAAAAAUCCGACAAAAAAAUGACAAACGUCAAUGACAGUUUUGAAAUGAUCCCGCCAAUCAAAUGGAACGAGUAUUUACUCGAACAGGCCCAAAAUCUGGUGGACAUGAGACCUGUCGACAUGCUAAUUCGAACCGGGGGAGAUCUGCGACUAUCCGACUUCAUGCUGUGGGAGGCCAGCCACGCCUAUGUUCACUUCAUCCCGACCACAUGGCCAGAAUUUAGCUUCACUGAUUUUAUCCACGCCAUUUUCAUGUACCAAUUGCACCGAAGCCGGGUACCAAAACGGCUCUCUGCAAAACAAUCUCUAUCCCCGGAAGUAAUGCUGUUGGCUGAGAAAAUGUUGCAAGCAGGCCGCACAGAAAAGUGGGCAAAGAUUGCUCGUCUCGGAAAGAGAGAUGUCCCACCGGAAACCAGCGAACCUGAUUAUGUCCCGAACCAAUUUAUGAAACGUUUUGAGGCCCUGCUUAAUUUUAACUAGGAGAUCGCCUAUCCAACUUUUUCACAAUCUCUGGAAUGUAGGUAUGUAGGGAACGCCCAUGUAUUGCGUCAUCAAAAAGGUGUGUGAUUUCGAGUCGACUAUGUUAAUCAUUAAAUAAAACACAGCUAAUCAUUCAUAACGAAAUUUAUGUAGCCUUAGGAAUUCGUUUAAUAAAACAAAUCAAUACAAAUAAGUAAAAACUAACAAUGGUC